AUGUCUCAGCAACGCAGAAAAAAGGCUGUAGAGUAUCAUUUCGUCGACAUGAAUGACCCUGAUAGGUACAAGAAAAUCAAAGUAGCUAGAGCCUGUGAUUUCUGUAGAAAGCGCAAAUCAAAAUGUGACAUUGGUAUACCAGGCUCAGGCACUUGUUCUAACUGCAAAAAGGCAAACAAUACCUGCAUCUUUUCGCCUGUCUCUUCCAAUACCGCUAGUCCAAGAAAAGAAAGACCCUCUUUAGCGCUGUCCCAAGACUCCUCGUCUUCAAACAGUGGCCGAUCAAGCUCAUCCUCCCUCAGCAGUAGCAAGAAAGCCAUGCCCACAGCAAACACAACCUAUCAGCCUCAAAACCCCUUCUUUUCCAUGGACCAGAGAGGUCGCUGUAGUUACGAGAAGCAAGACAAUGGCACUUACAAUCAGAUGGCGAUGCCCUCUGCAUCUUCAUCUUGUUUGCGUGAGUUGCCAGCCUAUACAAAGCAAAUGGAACAAGAGCUGUUUGACAUUUACUUUUGCUAUGUCCAUCCGUUUUACCCAAUUCUUGAUCGCUAUUACAUGAUACAAGCCAUGAAAUACGAUUCGGAAUCCAUACCAACGUCAUUGAAGCUCGCUCUAAUGGCAGUGUCUCUUCAUUUCUCCCCUCAGCAACAAGACGCAGAAAUCCUGGCAGCAGCAUACCAUCAGCAUGCCUCCAUGCAAUUGGACCACACACCCUCCUUGUCAUCACUUCAGGCCCUGUGCUUGCUGUACAAGUAUCAAGAAUUGAUCACACCCGUUGGUUCUUCGCUGUCCAACGUAGCUGUCAACUACCUCAAGGAGAUGCAGACAAUGAUUAGCCAGCUCCAGCAACCUGAAGUCGAGAAUGAUCGUGCUGUGUGGUCUACUCAAGAUGAAUUUGUAUGUCGCGCAAACUGGAUUGUCUUUAUCAUCAUUACGUUCAGCAGCACUUCAGACGACAGUUGGAGAAGCAUGUUGGAUUGCUGUGAUCGACGCUCAAAACUCCCUUCAUUGACUGAAACAGAGCACUAUGAUAAUGGCGAGCUGAAUACAUUCUGCAACUUUAAGCAUUUGAUCGCGAUUGCCCUCCUGUACUCUCACAGCCUGUCUCUCAUCUCGGAUGGCAGCUCCCUCUUUGUCAAUGCUGAUCAUCCUGAAUUUGUGAAGCUGGCACAAGGACUGGAGGCGUGGAAGUCAAGUCUACCAAGUCACAUCACGCUUGCCCUGAAUGCGGAUCCUCCUAUUCUCUACUCUGCUCAAAACCACAGUGUUGCCAACAUUGACCAUGAUAGCUCCAAGAGUGGGUCUUACACCUCUUACAUUUGCCUGGUGCAUGACAUUUUGGAAUUGAUCAUCAGCAUACAUCGUCUAUCCACUUCAAAGGCACCAAUAGCAGAGGGUUUAGAUAUAUUCAAAAAGGCGUCGCAAGUGUGUUAUCGGGCUCAUAGUUUCACAGUGGGUGAUAUGCAGACUCCUCACUACUCAAGGCUAGCAGCUAUCCAGGGAAGUCGUAUCAUAUCCUUCGGUCUUACACUGGCUCUGCAGGCACAGUCCUAUGUUCAUGAGCGAACUGGCGACAAAUCACUAAAGAACGCAAAGCAGUAUUAUUCAUCCUGCGCACUCUCGUUUCAAAUAUUCGACGACAUGCUGCUGUCACCCCAAUUGUACAUGGCUAUUCAAACACUGCGAGCUCAACUGGAUGCAAAGGAACAACUCAACUUGGCGACCGAUCAGCAAUCAUACGAACAUUCACCUAUGAGCAGCGACAGAAACAGCAGUACCCAGUCAACACCUGGUAUUCAGCAGCAACAAAGCAUAGAUUACGAAUUCACUCGACCUAAUACUACCAUGGCGGCAUCACAGGACAUAUCAAAUCCAUUCUACUGUUCAAAUACACAUGAGCAACAUCAAAGCACACCAUCUACGUAUCACACACGGGAGCAGCAGCAAUGGCAGGACUAUGACAACACACACUUUAACGGGAGCAACAGCUGGUCUUUGUCUGCUGGCCAUUCAAGGCAAGAGCAAAGCAAUGGCUACUAUCAAGAUGACUAUGCCAGCCAUCGCAGCGUGCCCAUUACUCCUACAUUUGAAAAAGAAUUCGGUAUGUCUUCUCCUAGUAAUGAUCCACUGACGACGCCUCCUCCGGUGUGUGAUACUGAUUCGUAUUUUGCUUUACAGCAACCACAACAAGCACCUCGACACCAUCACCGACAACUACAACACCUGCAACUGCUUCAGCAACAAUACGUUAGCUUUGAUGCUGCUAUUUCAAUUGCUUCGGGGGAAUUUGGCUUAGCGUCUCUGCCUUGUGCAACACUUGCCCCUCGAAAAAAGAGUGUCAACUGA